GGCGGGCGCGAGUCGAAAGCACGCGUGUGUCCUUAACUUUAUAAAAUCAGUGAUGUAGUGUGAAACGAACUUUAUAAUUUCGAACGGAAAAUUGGAAUUCAAUUGUGAGUUUAAAAAGACAGGUCAUCAACCAUGGGUGGAAUGUUUCGGAGCGAAGAGAUGGUGCUGUGCCAGCUGUUCGUGCAGCCUGAAGCUGCUUACGUGUCAAUGUAUGAGCUCGGGGAAGCCGGUAUAGCGCAGUUUAGAGAUUUGAACCCCAACGUGAACGAUUUCCAACGUCGCUACGUGACAGAAGUGAGGAGGUGCAGCGAGAUGGAGCGCAAACUGAGAUGGGUCGCCGGAGAGCUGCCGGAGCCGCCUCCCCCACCCAAGCCGGCGCAGAAGAGUUUGAGUCCUAGAGAAAUAAAUAUGCUAGAGGAAAGAAUCGAUUACAUCGAAUCUGAAAUACAGGACAUAAAACGGAACGCACAGAACUUGAAAAAGGAUUACUUGUCACUGAUAGAACUGAAACUGCUGCUGCAGAAGACGCAGGUUUUCUUUCAAGACAAUAACGCGCAGAGGAAGAUAUCUGCGUCGGUGCAGACUUACAAUAACGAUGUGUUCGGACACCUUGGGUUCAUCGCUGGGGUUGUGACCACGGCGAGGGUGCCGUCCUUCGAGAAGAUGCUGUGGAGAAUCUCACACGGAAACAUUUUCUUUAAGCAGGCACAAAUAGCGCAGCCGUUGCUGGAUCCUAUAACUGGUCAUCAGCUACAAAAGACGGUGUUCGUCGUCUUCUUCCACGGAGAGCAGAUCAAGCUUCGCGUGAAGAAGGUGUGCCACGGCUUCCAGGCAACCCUGUACCCCUGCCCGACCUCCUACAAGGAACGCCAGGAGAUGUUGGCAGGAGUGGAGACAAGAAUCAAAGACUUGGAAUUGGUACUGGAACAAACAGAACAACACAGGCUGCGAGUCUUGGCUAACAUAGCGACAUACAUCAGCACGUGGAUGGUAGCAGUACGACGGGAGAAAGCUAUAUACCACACGCUGAACAUGUUUAGUAUGGACAUAGUGAAGAAAUGCCUCAUAGCGGAGUGCUGGGUGCCGAGGGUAGACCUGCCGACCUUACAGAAGGCUUUGAACGAUGGUGUUCAAGCGAGUGGUAGUCCGAUCCCGUCUUUCAUGCACUGUGUGCCCACCAGAGAGAUCCCGCCCACCUUCAACAGAACCAACAAGUUCACCAAGGGCUUCCAGAACCUUAUUGAUUCCUAUGGAAUCGCCAGCUAUAGAGAAGUUAAUCCAGCUUUGUAUACGAUCAUAACAUUCCCAUUUCUCUUCGCCGUCAUGUUCGGCGACGUCGGCCACGGUCUGAUCAUGGCGGCGUUCGCUUCCAUCCUCGUCAUCAAAGAGAAAUCUUUGGCCAGAAAGAAAAUUGACAACGAAAUCUGGAACAUUUUCUUUGGAGGCCGCUACAUCAUCCUGCUCAUGGGAAUAUUCUCAAUUUACACUGGACUGAUAUACAACGACAUGUUUUCCAAAUCACUGAAUUUAUUUGGUAGCAGUUGGAGGAAUGUGUAUGAUAAUAAGACGUUAAUGGAAAAUGCUGUGCUUCAACUGGAUCCGGUAGAUGCGUAUUCGCAGACACCAUACCCGUUCGGGCUGGAUCCUGCUUGGCAGUUCGCCCAAAACAACAUAAUAUUCUUGAACUCGUUCAAGAUGAAGCUGUCUAUAAUAUUUGGAGUGCUCCACAUGGCCUUCGGGGUGACAAUGAGUGUGGUAAACUUCAACUACUUCAAGAAACCUGAGAUGAUAUUCCUGCAAUACAUACCACAGGUGCUGUUCCUGUUGUUGCUGUUCUGGUAUCUUUGUAUACUCAUGUUCAUGAAGUGGACGAUGUAUUCGGCAACGUCUACAGACGUCGCCUAUGGCUCGUCCUGCGCCCCGUCAGUGCUCAUCAUCUUCAUCAACAUGAUGCUGCUGAAGAAGGACCAGGACAACCCCCCGUGUCGCACGUUCAUGUACGACGGGCAAGACAUACUGCAGAGCACCUUCCUGGCGUUGGCGUACUUGUGUGUACCGGUCAUGUUGUUUGGGAAGCCAGUGUAUCAGAUACUCUCGUCGAGAAAACGAAAGCAAUACCAACAAGGCGUAGAAAGCGGUGAAGUGGUAGAAGACAGCGAACAUGAUGGUGGUAUCGGCGAAGUGCUGAUAACCCAGGCCAUUCACACUAUAGAAUAUGUUCUAGGAACAGUUUCCCACACCGCCUCCUAUCUGAGGCUGUGGGCUUUAUCACUCGCACAUGCACAACUAUCAGCCGUGCUGUGGCAGCGGGUGCUGCGCAUGGGCAUGGGCGCUCCCUCCCGCGCCCUCUUCCUGUACGUGAUCUUCGCCGUGUGGGCGUUCUUCACGCUCGCCAUCCUGGUCCUGAUGGAGGGGCUGUCGGCCUUCUUACACACCUUGAGGCUGCAUUGGGUGGAAUUCAUGAGUAAAUUCUACGAAGGUCACGGCUACGGAUUCACGCCGUUCUCCUUCUCAGCUAUCAUGGAGAAUGACUUCGACGAGGUCCUCCCUCCCAACGAGGAAGUCAACGGGAGACCACCAGAGUGACCCAACAACCAAUGGUACAACUCUAGCAAUAAUAUCCAGUAUAUUUUUUAAAUCGACUAUAGAAUUAAUGGGUGUAAAUGAAAUUUUGAAGUAUAAUAACAGUAAACUGGAUGAAUCUUUUCUCAUUAGAAGACUUUAACGGUAGUUAUAGAUUUUCCAAGGUAUUGCUCCGCUUUGAAUUAUUAUCAAGUGAUCCAUUUAGAGCCAGUUGAGUGAUGAUUAUUUGAAAUAGUGGAUUGAAAUCAUAAUAUAAGCCCUUGUUGCUAAUUCUUUUCUAUUAUGGAUUCGCUGACCUUCUGACACUACCAACUUUUCACACAGCAGUAUUUCAUUCCAUUCUACGCAAAAAUCAAAUUCGCCUUAAGUUAUCCUCCGAUAUACAUAUGUAGUUUUUAGAUCCUUAGAGUCGAUUCAAUAAAAAACCUAACUUACAACAUUGAGAAUUGUGGUCCCAUGAGCUUGAGAGAGAUUGGUCCUUUAUUAUUAAAGGCAUCUAUACUUAUAAUAAAUCUGUAGAGAGGUCAAUUCUGUACAUGGAAUAUAUUUUCAAAACAACUAUCAGGGGGUGAUUAGUGAUCGAUACUGAUGCGAAAAAUGCAAUCAGUAAAAUUUUUGUCUGUCUGUCUGUCUGUAUGUUCUUUAUGGAAACAAAAACUACUUGACAGAUUUAAACGAAACUUGGUACAGUUAUUCUUCAUACUCCUGUGCAGGUUAUAGUAUACUUUUCAUUACGCUACAAUCACUAGGAGCAGAGCAGUGAAAGGAAAUGUUGGGAAAACGGGAGAAGUUACUUGAUUUUUUAAGCUUCCGUCGCGUGUGCAGCCUUAAUGGUUAAAGAUAAAGCGAAACCAUGUAUAACGGAAAUAUUCUACAUAAAAUAAUUAAAAAAAUAUUCCGACAGCAUAAGUCUAUCUUUUAUAGUUGACUCACAAUAACACGUGUAAUUCCUAAUAGCUUAGCAGUUCGGAUAUUUCUGAUUAUAUUUCUUUACUCUGAUGUUUAUAAUACCAAUAACACUCACACUCAUUCGUAAUUCUUAAAAGUUAAUAUAAGUAUUGUCAUAUACUUACUCUUAGGUGACAAACUCCAUGGUGUAGUCAUAUUUACUUUUUAUGAUUGACACCAUGGUAACCGUUGCUAUGUACUUAUUGACAUAAAAUAAUUAAAAAUGUGCAACACAUUGAAAUGUUUUAUUUAACAAAUUGGCGACGAUAAUGCCCACAAAUAAAGAAAAAUAUGUUAAAGUACGCUCGUGCCUUCGAGGCACGCUCACAAGAACGAUUACAUACAUAAGUUCGCGUGAAAAUUUUUCAAACGAAGAAAUCGAAUCAAGACUUGAAGAGGAUCACUAGCUGACAAAUUAAUGAAAAUCAUUUGUCGUCUACGACGAACCCCCAACAGUAACGGACAAUCACCAUACGAAUUAAUAUUCAACCGGCAAGUAAGAACCCACCUUGAUGUUAUGCUUUACAAACCGCCACAAAAUUCAAACAGAGAAAUUCGAGACAUUAGAGACCACCCCGAAAUCAGACAAUUUACUGCUGGUGAAAGAGUACAAGCCCGCAGCUAUUCAAACCCUCACAUCAGGUGGGAAUUUGGAGUGAUUGUACGUCGCAUUGGCCAUUUACAUUAUGAGAUCCAAACUGAUGAUGGCUUAACAUGGAUCCGUCACAUAGAUCAGAUUCUGGCAGCACCUUUUGUACCUCGGUCUUAAAUCGUCGGGGAGGCGUGUCAUAUACUUACUCUUAGGUGACAAACUCCAUGGUGUAGUCAUAUUUACUUUUUAUGAUUGACACCAUGGUAACCGUUGCUAUGUACUUAUUGACAUAAAAUAAUUAAAAAUGUGCAACACAUUGAAAUGUUUUAUUUAACAAGUAUCUAUUCAAUAAAAAAAGAAUCAUCGAAAUCGGUAUAGAAACACCAAACUUAUACAUGAAAUGAAAUACGCUAGCAAGCCAUCGCGCGUAAAUACUGAAUCAUGCUAUAAGGAUUAUUUUUGCGUAACGGUUACCGCGCUCGACGCGGCUAACGGCGGCAGGGUAGAAAAGGGGCGCGAGGCGAGCGCAAGCUUCAUGACCAAGGCAGCCAGGGGGAGACUUCACGCAGUUCUCUCCUCCAGCCUCCCCCUGAGGAUGAAACUCGGGAUCUACCAAACGUACGUCAGAUCCCGCCUCACGUACGCGGCCCCGGCGUGGUACGCAUUCUGCCCAACAGGAGAAGACUUAGAGCCCAAGAGAACCAAAGUCUCAGAGCAGUCGUCGGAGCCCCGCGCUGCGUGAGGAACUCGACGAUCCGCAGGGACCUGAAGUGGGAGAACCUAGAUAUUCGAGAGGGUGGACGCGUCAUCACACAGCCACCUGCGCGGCAUCGCGCCGCUCCACGCCCGCCCUCCGGGCCGUCGGGUGAAACUCUCCCCUCGCUGCCUUGCGGCAGACGUCGUCGACCAGUGACGACGCCGCCGCCGAUGGGAUGGGAACUCCCAGUGUAUGAAGUCGUGAAGACCCAGGCCGUCACGGCCGCCCCAUCGACCUGCCUACAGUCGUAGGCAGCGAUGAUGCCAUUGAAGAGGGCUAAAAGCCCUCACCAAUCUACUCCGACUCCCCUAAGGGAGUAUGGGAAGACCCGACGACGGCAAGAUAGUAUUGCACAGGCGUUUCAACUUUAUUUUCAUUUCUUUUUCUUUUGUAAGUUGUAGGUACAUAUUUCUGGUUAUAAAUCAAUUACAAUAUUUUUUUUAGUUUAAAUAGACACUUAGAUUUAUCUAUACUAAUAUUAUAAAACAGAAGAGUUUGUUUGAAUGUGCUAAUAUCAAGAACUACUGGUUCGAUUUGAAAGAUUAUUUUUGGGUUGAAUAGACCAUUUAUCGAGGAAGGCUUUAGGCUAUACUAGCUGUGCCCGCGACUCCGUUCGCGUGGAAUAGUUAUUUUGGGCAUCAUUGCAGCCCUCAAGGGUGAAUAAUUUUCGCCGUGUUUUUUUCACAUUUUCCAUUAUUUCUUCGCUCCUUACAGUUGCAGCGUGAUACGUUAUAUAGCCUAAAGCCUUCCUCGAUAAUUGGUCUAUUCAACACAAAAAGAUUAUUUGAAUUCGAACCAGCACUUCCUGAGAUUAGCGCGUUCAAACAAACAAACUCUUCAGCUUUAUAAUAUGAUGAGUAUAGAUUUUGACUACAGUUUUGUCUAUCAGUCUAUGUAUUGUAAUUAUUAAUAGCUUUUUAUAUCGAUUUAAAAAUGACGAAGUUCCAUACAAACUUGCAUCCCCUAUUUCAUCCCCUUGGAAUAGAAUUUCAGGAUAAAAAGUAGCCUAUAUUCUAAUCCAGGUUACUAACUAUAUCUGUGCCGAAUUUCGUUCAGAUCCGUUCGGAAGAUUUUGCGUGAUGCGCGUACAAACAUGCAGACAGACAAACGAACAGACACAAAAAUUCUAAAAAAAAUUGUUUUGGCUUCUAUUGACCAUAAAAAGACCCCUUAUAUUUUUUUUUUCUUAAAUAUCUUCAAUGUACAGACAAAGUUCAGUUACAGUUUUAUUAUAUGUUUGGAUAACGUCUAGCUGCAACUAUUAGGAGCGAAGAAAUAAUGGAAAAUGUGAAAAAAAUCGGGGAAGGAGCAUCCUUGAGGGCUUCAAUGAUGCCCAAAAUAACUAUUCCACGCGGACGAAGUCGCAGGCACAGCUAGUCAAAUAAUAAACGUUAAAUUUCGAAGAAUACCUAAUCAAAAAUUAAUAAACAUUUUUUCUUUCUUUCCAUCAAUAAUCUUGACCACAAGGGCUUUAAUUUAGAUAAGCGAAUAUUUUAAAAUGCAAUAUGAUUUUGAUCAAUUAUUUAAAAUAAUAGUAAACAAUAAUUUUAUAACGUGAUUGAAAUUUGAUUUAAGAUAUUGUUUAAUUAGAUUUGUGGUAAUAUCCAAAAUGAAUAUUUAGAUAUUGUACUUUAUAUGAAAAAAGACAAAACUUGGUGUUAUUUGUAUUGUUUAUUUGGUGAAAUAAACUAAAAUAUGCCUUUUAUAAGUUGAUUUAAGGAUAGUUUUAUUGAAAUUGGAAGUUUUUCUUAAAUGCAUGACAAAAUCCUAAUAAACUCGAUGUGUUAUUAUGAUGGUAGAAGGUUUCAGGAAUGUUGGACUUAUAACAAAAUGUUUAGCAGAAUUUCCAUUAAUUCCUAAUUUUAUUAUAAAUCUAGUUACUUAUCAUGUAAGUAUAGUUUAUUUUUUGUUGCAAUUAUUUUUACCAAAGAUUAUAUUUUAUCAACUGUUGAAAUCUUUAGUGUUUAUAAAUAUUUAUGUUAUUUUUACGAGAUAUUUGAAUUUACUUUUCAUACUGUAAUUUAUUACCGAAUACAUAAAACAGUUAAUAAAGACUGUACGUACUGCAGAAAUCCAAAUAAUAUAAAUAUAUAAAUACGGGACAAAUUACACAGAUUGAGUUGGCCUCGAAGUAAGUUCGAGACUUGUGUUACGAGAUACUAACUCAACGAUACUAUAUUUGAUAAUAAAUAUUUAUAAAAAUAAUUCAUUCAUAUGCGGGAUAGACAGAGCCAGCAGUCUUGAAAGACUGAUAGGCUCGUUUAGCUGUUAGGCUUUAAUUGAGGUUCAAUAGUGACAGGUUGCUGGCCUCUCACCUAAAAGAAAAACGCCAAGUUUAUAAGCCUAUCUAUGUUUUAGUCGCCUUUUAAGACAUCCAUGGGAAAGAGAUGGAGUGGUCCUUUACUUUUUAAAUUGGUGCCGGGCACCACACGGCACCAAUUUAAAAAAUAAAAUUUUAUAAAGAUAAUAAUAUAUUCGGAUUUCUGUGACCUACAUACAUUUUUUUCUUCUUAUAAUUUUGGUCACAGCUUAUGCCCUUAACCGUAAAACUUGGUACCCUAAAAAUAGACCGAAAUUGGAUUGUUAAAAAAAAUUUUAGUAACCUGAUUUUAUUUAUACAUGAAUGCCUUAUACUGAAAAAGUGCCUGAUUAUUUUUAAGAUUGGAAGUGAUAAAUAAUUCGAAAACAAAAAUGGAGUUUUAAGUGUACCUAUUUUCAUACAUAGAUUCAAAAGUUUAGUUUGUAAAAUCAUGAUUAAAAUUUUGAUUUAAAUGUAGGUAUGUGUAAAUCUAUUUUUUAUCUCACACACGCCUUUUGGACCAAAAUUGUGGCCUUGACAUACAUAUCUCCGCCCUACGACUAUUUUCUAAGAGUAUAAUAAGUAAGUUUGUCAAAUAUAUUUAUUUUAAAAUGUGUUCAGAGUUUUGCUAUAAAAAUAUAUACGAGCAUUUGUUUUAUUAUUUCAACUAUUUGUACCUUUGUUUAGCCGAAUAAGUGUUAUUAAGUUUAAAAAUAUACCUUUAAUGUAAUCAAAUUAAACAGGCUUCAUAAUUCUUCAGAAAACAUAAUUAAAAAAAAACAGGUUGACAGUAUAUUAUCACGAUAC